UUUUAUUUAUUUUGUUGGUGAUAAAGAGAGCUUUAUAAACCUACUGAUUCUCCUCUUCAUUUCUUCCCUCGCCGCUUUGUGCUGCUGCUGCUGCAAAACCUAGGGUUGAGCCUUUUGCUCAGGUUUUCAGCGCUUCUUUCUUACAAUGGUUCUACAGAACGAUAUUGAUUUGCUGAAUCCUCCAGCUGAGUUGGAGAAGAGAAAGCACAAGCUCAAGCGUCUUGUGCAGUCACCAAACUCUUUCUUCAUGGAUGUUAAGUGCCAGGGCUGCUUCAACAUAACAACUGUGUUUAGCCACUCUCAGACUGUUGUGGUUUGCGGAAACUGCCAGACUGUGUUGUGCCAACCAACAGGCGGACGGGCAAGGUUAACCGAAGGGUGCUCUUUUAGGAAGAAGGGAGAUUGAAUGGUUUGUUAACCAGACUUUUCUUUGUCAAUGAUUGAAAAUUUUCGGUUGUUAGGUUUUUGAAAUGGAAUCCAUUUCCGUUAUGGUAUAUUAAUUUUGUUAAAUUGUAAGACAAUAUCUCUCUCAGCCUUCCACAAGACAUAGUAGCCAAUGUUGAAUUUUUCUUUAUUAAAGUGGAUGUGGUUUUGUUCGACAACAUUUACUAAAAUCAAUAUGGUUUAGUUUGAUGGUUAUUUUUACAAUAACAUGUUUUGUAUGCUC